UAAAUAACUACAUGGGUCCAAUGCUAGCAGUUAUGAGAGAGAAAUUCAUGAAAUAUUGGUCUGAUUACAGUGUAUUCCUGUCUUGUGCUGCUGUACUUGAUCCACGAAUUAAGUUCAAGUUCUUAGGGUAUGCCUACUCCAAGCUAUAUGAUGAGGAUGAUGCCCGCCGACGUAUUACUGUUGUUAUAGAUACAAUGACUUCUUUAUUUAACGAGUACGGUAGUGGCGUAUCUGUUAAUGAAAACGUAGCAAUAGCUGGUUCCUCAAGUACUUGUGGACUUGGUGCCUUUGCUGACUACGAUCAAUACGUGGAAAGUACCAGCUCACAUGAUGAGAAAUCUGAACUGGAUUUGUACUUGGCUGAACCUGUGAAGAAGUUGAACGAGGAUGUUGACAUCUUGGAUUACUGGAACAAGUCUGCAGCAAGGUAUCCCCAACUAGCAAAAAUGGCACGUGAUAUCCUUGCAGUUCCCGUGUCAAGUGUUGCUUCAGAAUCUGCUUUUAGCUUGAGUAAAAAGGUUAUAACCCCGAAUAGAAUCUCACUCAAACCCAAGACAGUUGAGGCCUUGAUGUGUUUGCAAGAUUGGUAUCGCUGCAAACUCCAAAAGGUGGAAGAAUCUAAGAGAAAAGAUGAUGUGGUUAAUCUUGAUGAAGAAGAGGAUUCUUCUUCUGAUGAAGAAUAGCUGCCUGGAGCAAAGAGAGAGGGAGUAGGUGUUGGUCUGUUGGAAAAAUGAGGAGGUGCGCAUGAAGCAAAGACAGAGUUGCUGUUGCAUCUACUACUCUUCUCUUUAAUUUGGUCCCAUCUUCCAUACUUAUU